AUGUACGUGAGCUACCUCCUGGACAAGGACGUGAGCAUGUACCCCAGCUCCGUGCGCCACUCUGGCGGCCUCAACCUGGCCCCGCAGAACUUCGUCAGCCCCCCGCAGUAUCCGGACUACGGCGGCUAUCAUGUGGCGGCCGCGGCCGCGGCAGCCGCAAACUUGGACAAUGCUCAGUCCCCGGGGCCAUCCUGGCCCGCAGCCUACGGCGCCCCGCUCCGGGAGGACUGGAACGGUUACGCGUCGGGUGGCGCCGCAGUUGCCGCCAACGCCGUGGCUCAUGGCCUCAACGGGGGCUCGCCGGCUGCCGCCAUGGGCUACAGCAGCCCGGCCGACUACCACCCGCACCAUCAUCCGCACCAUCACCCGCACCACCCGCCCGCUGCACCUUCCUGUGCCUCAGGAUUGCUGCAGACUCUCAACCCCGGGCCUCCCGGGCCCGCUGCCACCGCUGCCGCGGAGCAGCUGUCCCCCGGCGGCCAGCGGCGGAACCUGUGCGAGUGGAUGCGGAAGCCAGCGCAGCCGUCCCUCGGAAGCCAAGUGAAAACCAGGACGAAAGACAAAUACCGGGUGGUGUACACGGACCACCAGCGGCUGGAGCUGGAGAAGGAGUUUCACUACAGUCGCUACAUCACCAUCCGCAGGAAAGCUGAACUGGCCGCCACCCUGGGGCUCUCCGAGAGGCAGGUUAAAAUUUGGUUUCAGAACCGCAGAGCGAAGGAAAGGAAAAUCAACAAGAAGAAAUUGCAGCAGCAGCAACAGCCUCCACCGCCUGCAGCUCAACCUCCGCAGCCACAGCCAGGUCCUCUGAGAAGUGUCCCAGAGCCCCUGAGUCCUGUGUCUACCCUGCAAGGCUCUGUGCCAGGCUCUGUCCCUGGGGUCCUGGGGCCAACUGGAGGGGUGUUGAACUCCACUGUCACCCAGUGA